CACAUCGGUGCGUCCCUGAUUAAAAUAUGUUUUAUUUCUGACUCUGUUUCAGGCCUUCAGGACUGAUCAGUGAUUGGACGGCUCGCCAACCUCAUAACGCUGAGCACCUGUGAAGUCAUCCCUGUCUUCUGAUUGGACCCCCAUCCUCUGGAGUUGUGUGUGUCGUCAGGGCCUUGAGGCAACCAAGCACACGCUGAUGUCCCCCCCUCCCGCGCGGCCCCGGCAGACCUCUAAUAUCUCACAGAUUGAUGAGGUCUCGUCGAAGCUCAGGAGGGCUGGUGCCGUGUCGAUAAGGCAGCUUUCAUCUCCCCACAUUUCACUCCCCGCUCCUUCCUUUCUGCUUUGCCUUCACGUCAUCAGGAGGGACACGGUGGCUGGCUUUGAAAUGUGAGAGGGGAUCAGGAUGUGCAAAGACCCGGACUGUGUUUCAGAAAACAGGAUUCAUGAAAUGCCUGGAACCACCAGCUCUGUUCUCUUCAGUGGCUCCUUGUUAAAAUGCCGUUUGGAGGCUGAGCAGGACGUCAGAGUCGGCAUGCCGCUGUCUGACCGACGGAGCUGGAAUAAGCUACAGAGGAGGGAAACCCAGAGCUGAGGGCACACACAACACACCUGGGUGCACACAAACACACACACAAACAAAGAGCCUCACACAGGACAAUGUGCAACAUCUCCUCCUGUGAUGUGGACAGUAAGGUGGACCAGUUCUUCCAGCCCACACUCUACAUCAUAGUCAUCGUUCUGGGGCUGCCCACCAACUGCAUGGCUCUGUGGGCUGCCUACAUGCAGGUACGUCAGCGUAACGAGCUGGGCAUCUACCUGAUCAACCUGUCGGUGGCUGACCUCCUCUACAUCUUCACCCUGCCUCUGUGGAUCGACUACUUCCUGCAGCACGACGUCUGGAUCCACGGCCAGGAGAGCUGCAAGCUGUUCGGUUUCAUCUUCUACACCAACAUCUACGUCAGCAUCGCCUUCCUGUGCUGCAUAUCCCUGGAUCGGUACCUGGCUGUGGCGUACCCGCUGCGCUUCGUCAAGGUUCGACAAAUCAAAACAGCGGUCCUCGUCAGCUCCACAGUUUGGAUCAUUGAGAUCAUCGCCAACUCUGCUCCUCUCUUCCACGACGAGCUCUUCCAGGACCGCUUCAACCACACCUUCUGUUUUGAGAAGUACCCCAUGCAGGACUGGGUGGCAGGGAUGAACCUCUACAGGACCUUUCUUGGCUUCCUGGCUCCGUGGUCGGCCAUGCUGGUGGCCUACAGGGGGAUCCUGGCGGCGGUGCGCUGCAACAUUUCCACGGAGCGCCAGGAAAAAGCCAAAAUCCAGCGCCUGGCCUUGAGUUUGAUCCUCAUCGUUCUGCUGUGCUUCGGACCGUACCACAUCCUCCUCCUGGUGCGGAGCGUCAUGUUCCUGAGGAAGCCGUGCGACUGCAAGUCCGAGGAGACCCUGUUCGCCGCGUACCACGUGUCGCUGGCGCUGACCAGCCUGAACUGCGUGGCCGACCCCAUUCUGUACUGUUUCGUAAACGAGGGGGCCAGGAACGACGUGAGCCGAGCCCUGGCCGCCUUGCUGUCCUCGGCGUGCCGCAGGCGCUCCUCGUCCUCGCCGUCGCACGCCGACAUUCUGAACGCUGGGUCCGUUACCAUGGACACGCCUCUGUCGGCCAAGAAGCCAUCUUGUGUGUACGCCGGCAGCGGGAAGACCACCAGCUACAAGACGGAACUGUUGGUCAUGAAGGACGAGUGUCUGCAGAUGACCAUCCUCGGGGUUAAAAAGUGAAACGAACCGUCCAGCUUCUUGAGGAAGGACUUUCUGACACUCUGUGUCUUCAGUGUGGACGAAACGUCCAACUAAAAGCCAAAAUCAGGUUUCUGUCAACUAAACAGUCGGCGUCACCUGAUGUCAGCUCUCUUUGUUACAUCAUGAAGGUUUUCCUUUAAAAAAAACAACAAAUUACCUUUAUUUUUUUAAUGCAGUUUGUAGAAUAACUUAAAAUGUAGGACUGUUGCUUUCUGAUUGCAUCAUUUUGGGCUCAGACAGAAAAGUUUCAUCUGUUAGCUGAAGCUAAAACAUCUUUAAACCCCAAAAAUUAAAAAAAGUGACGAUGAAGAGUACUUUCUCAUCUAUCUGUGGGGUUUUCUUAGGAAUGCACCGAUAACCAGGUCAGUGGUUGGUUGACCAAAUAUUGGGUCGAAAUGUUUUACCCAGUAUUUGGUCAAACAGAUAACCCAGCCCUGUUGUUACAAAUGUCUAACGUUGGUUCGGUCCACAUUUGAUCCAGUGCUGGAUUAUUGGCAGGUUGAAGUCAUGUGACACGGUUGACACGGACAUUCAGAUGGGGGCAGGAAGUGAUUUUACUCCUUUUCAAAACAGUGAAAUGGAUCACAGCGAGUGUGUUAAUGCUCUAAAUGUGCAGAUGCCGAUGAGAUUACGUUUAAGAUCUGAUCCAUACUGUCUUAAAGGGAUCCCUGAUUAGUUGUAACAUUAGACUUUAUUUGAUAAACACUUACUUUAACUGUAAAAUAAAGA